AUGGAUGAUGACACCACUCUAAAAGAUCUUCUGGAUCUGAAUCUCCAUCGUUAUGAAGACGAUGUUAAAAAUAUUGUGGAUAAAGCUGUCAAAGAGUUAUCUAUGGAAAAGAUACUGAAGGAACUGAACACAACUUGGGCUGACAUGGAAUUCCGUUAUGAAGAACAUCCUCGUACAAAUCGUAUGAUCCUUGUGUUUGAUGAAGAGUUGGUAGAAACACUGGAAGAAAACCAGGUACAACUGCAGAACAUGAUGAGCUCGAAAUACAUCGGACACUUUUUGGAAGAGGUAUCCUCUUGGCAGCAAAAACUUUCAACCGCCGACAUGGUUAUCCAGAUAUGGUUUGAGGUACAAAGAACUUGGUCUCAUCUAGAAUCCGUAUUCAUUGGUUCUGAAGACAUUCGAAAUCAGCUGCCGGAGGAUUCGAAACGAUUUGAAAAGAUCAAUCGUGACUUUCUG